UAAGAAAGGGAAUGCACUCCUGAGCCUAAGAAUGAGAUGGUGAGCUGAGGAAGAACCAUGCCCUCAAGUAGGCCAGCCCUCUCCGAUAUUCCUGUAGUGUGUGCUUUUCUCAUUCUUGCUCUGCUUUCUACAUGAAGGGCAGUGCACCACCUUAAGAGACAAACAAAAUAAUCCUUCUGAUUACUGUUGAUGCCAAAUCUAUCCACAAAAGGCACUCCCAGAUUUUCACCUUCACGAUUCAGGUGCCAGAGGAGGCCAGAGACAUGAGAUUCCCAUGAACUGGAAGGACAUACUCAUGAUGUGGGUGCUGCAAACUGAACCAGGAACCUCUGCAAGACAAGCAAGGGCUCUUCACUCCUGAGCCAGCUCUCCAGACUCUGGGCUGCCACCAUUUCUUUGAAGAGUCUUUCCUUCACUACUAUUAAUUUUAAUAAUUUUGUUUACUUUGGCAUUCGAAUUUGCAUUUCUGAAUAUUUAUAUUUGCCUAUUUUUGUUUUUUGAUUUUCUAUUUUUGUCAUAAUCAACGAUUCCUAAGAGAUUUGAGAUAUUGUCUCUAUUAUCCUUUUGUGAGUGUUUGAAAAAUUGUUGGCAGUUUGGAGAGAAUCUAUUCAUUUUGUUCCUUUGCAUAUUCUCAUAGGAGAUUUUCGCUUUUCUAGUUUUGUAUUUUUACCACUCAGAAAUUAUGCUUCUUGAUAAUAUAUAAUGUUUAUAUUAUAUGCUUUUAUUUUAAUCUUAGAUCUACUUAGGUCCAUUGGUAGGUCGACAUGUAUUUGCAGACUCAAUUAAUACAAGCUCACAAUUGCUGGGUUUCAGAGUUUGUAAAGAAUGCCAGCCUGCCAUCCAAAGCAAUGUGCCCCUUUGCAUCCUUCCCACAAUGGAUAAGAAUUCCUGCCAAGUCAGCAAUUGAAUGAACAGGAAAGUAGAUGGAACUGGUAAUCAUCCUGUUAAGAGAACAAAUGCUGGCUUCCACAAACAACAACAGCAAAACACUUAGUAAAAUAGAGAUUUUGUAUGAAGAAGAGCACAGCUGUGGGUGGGUCCACUUUACUAUCCAAUUACAGAUCCAGGCUGUUCUCAAACUCAUGGUGUAGCAGACAGCGAACUUGAAUGCCUGAAAUUGCUGCCUCCAUUUCUCAAAUGCCAGGAUUAUAGGAAAAGAAGAGAAUUUAUCAAAGGCCAUUUGACAAAUUUUUUAAAAAGUAUUCUCCCCCCUUCAUAUUUCUUUAUAAAUGAAGUUUUACUUACACACAGCUUCCUUGCCAGGUUUUACAUUAGAGGAAAUGGAAUGAAUGUGCUGUGGAAACGUAGCACAGUGUUCUUUGUUUGAAAGAAGUUCCAGUUCCUUAGGACGGAGCAAGGAGUUCAACAUAGCUGAAGUUCAAUGCAUUCUGCCACUCCUUGGAGGAAUAAAACCACAGAAGGAAAAGGGGGGGAAAUCCAUCCUUCCUUUUCCGUUCUGUAACUGAAUCGGUUCAGGGAGGAGUCUUGCAAGACUAGUUUCUCCUUGGUUUUGACCAGGGCUGAGCCAGUUCUUCAAACAAGAGACAGCCAGUUACUAAACUCUGGUUGCUAGGUGUGGCCUCUGUUCAUAUCCUAUAAAAUCAGAAGUCCAGCCCUCCACUUUCAGACUGAAACCAUCUGAACAGAGCCUCUCUUCAGUUCCUCGGAAGCCAAGAAAAUAAAAAGAUACUUCUUCAAAAAUGGCGAUGGUAUCAGAAUUCCUCAAGCAGGCCUGGUUUAUUGACAAUCAAGAACAGGAAUAUGUUCAAGCUGUAAAAUCUUCCAAAGGAGGUCCUGGGUCAGCAGUGAGCCCCUACCCAUCCUUCAAUCCAUCCUCGGAUGUUGCUGCCUUGCACAAAGCAAUCAUGGUUAAAGGUGUGGAUGAAGCGACCAUCAUUGACAUUCUUACCAAGAGAACCAAUGCUCAGCGCCAGCAGAUCAAGGCAGCAUAUUUGCAGGAGACCGGAAAGCCCCUGGAUGAAACUUUGAGAAAAGCCCUUACAGGCCACCUGGAGGAGGUUGUGUUGGCUCUGCUGAAAACCCCAGCCCAGUUUGAUGCAGAUGAACUCCGUGCUGCCAUGAAGGGACUUGGAACAGAUGAAGACACUCUCAUUGAGAUUUUGGCAUCAAGAAGUAACAAAGAAAUCAGAGAAAUUAACAGAGUCUACAGAGAAGAGCUAAAGAGAGAUCUGGCCAAAGACAUCACUUCAGAUACAUCUGGAGACUUUCGGAAGGCCUUGCUUUCUCUUGCCAAGGGUGACCGUUGUGAUGAUCUGAGUGUGAAUCAAGAUUUGGCUGACACAGAUGCCAGGGCUUUGUAUGAAGCUGGAGAAAGGAGAAAGGGGACAGAUACAAAUGUGUUCGUUACAAUUUUGACUACUAGAAGCUAUCCUCAUCUUCGCAGGGUGUUUCAGAAUUACAGAAAGUACAGUGACCAUGACAUGAACAAAGUUCUGGAUCUGGAAAUGAAGGGUGACAUUGAGAAGUGCCUCACCGCCAUUGUGAAAUGUGCCACCAGCGCCCCAGCUUUCUUUGCUGAGAAACUUUAUGAAGCCAUGAAGGGAGCUGGAACUCGCCAUAAGGCAUUGAUCAGGAUUAUGGUCUCCCGUUCUGAAAUCGACAUGAAUGAUAUCAAAGCAUUUUACCAGAAGAAGUAUGGAGUCUCUCUCUGCCAAGCCAUCCUGGAUGAAACCAAAGGAGACUAUGAAAAAAUCUUGGUGGCUCUGUGUGGCGGAAACUAGACGUCCCUGCAGCUCUGCAGCACUGUGAUACAAGCGUCUCUUAGUUGCUGCUUUUCCUCUACCACAUAGGCUUCCGUAGAAGAGCUGCUUUAGCAAACUCUAAUUAGAUAAAAUCUAAUUGCCCACUUUGAAUAAUAUAGCCUAGGACUAAGUUUUAUAUCAUACCUCAGUACAAUAGAGAAAUGUUUUAUUAGUUAUCGUUAUCCCAAAUUAUAAAUCCCUGUAAGCAAAUUACUUGGUUAGCAUUUCUGAGAAAUAAGUUUAUGUAAACUAAAAUAAAAUAAUUUUAUAAGACAA